GGUUGUCGUUGGUUGCUUGCUACUUGGCAAUAAGCAUGAGUGAGUCUGUCACAGUAAAUACCUGUUAUGGUUUUCUACGUGGUGCAACACAGCAUAGUUUUGAAGGAUACGAUUAUUGUGCUUUUAAAGGAAUUCCAUAUGCAAAACCACCUCUUGGUGCAUUAAGAUUUAAGGAUCCAGUACCUCUAGAAUCAUGGUCAGGUGUAAGAGAUGCAAGCGAGUUUGGCGAAAUGUGUUGCCAACUUGAUCCUGCGUCACGAUGUGUGAUGGGUAGUGAAGAUUGUUUGUACUUGAACGUUUACGUAAAAUGUGUGAAACCUAAUAUACCUCUACCGGUCAUGGUAUGGAUUCACGGUGGAGCAUUUUACUAUGGAUCUGGAGAUGAUUUAUUGUACGGACCAGAUUACCUUCUUCGAAAAGAUAUUGUUUUGGUUACAAUAAACUAUAGACUUGGUGUUUUAGGAUUUUUAAAUUUCGAAGAUAAAGUAGCUACAGGAAAUCAAGGUCUUAAAGACCAAAUUAUGGCUUUGCGAUGGGUACAAAAAAAUAUUAGGAAUUUUGGCGGAGAUCAUAAUAAUGUAACCAUUUUCGGGGAGAGUGCGGGAGGAGUUUCGGUCAAUCAUUUAGCACUAUCACCACUAGCAGAAGGACUGUUUCACAAAGCUAUUUGUCAAAGUGGAACCGCGUCCAUCAAUUGGUCUUGUACAUCGAGUAAAGAAAGUGCAUUUAAAUUAUGUAAAAUUUUAGGAAACGAUUCAAAAGAUCCUAAAGAUUUAAUCGAAUUUUUAAGAACAGUAGAUUUGAAAAAGUUGGUCGAAUGUCAACAUCAAGCAAGACAUCCGGGAGAAAAAAUACAAUCUAUUUUAAGUUUUUCCCCUUGUAUAGAUAAUAUAUCAAAGGAUUCAGUUAUUCCAAUAAGUCCACAUGAAGCAUACAAAAGAGGUGUUCAUGUACCGUUUAUCGUAGGUUAUAAUAAUCGAGAAGGAAUUUUCAAUUUACGAUAUAUUCGUCAAAGAGACUAUGAUAAAUUAGAAGAAAAUUUUGAGUCAGGUUUUAACUCAAUCAGUAUAGAUUUGUUAAAGGAAAACAAUUUAACACCCACUGAUUUUAAACGAUUAUAUUAUGGCGAUGAAAAAAUAUCAAGUGAUAAUGCCGACAAGUUUGUCGAAUGGUGGUCAGAUUUGAACUUCGUGGAUGGAGUACAUCGAACCUUAAAAGUUCAAGCUACAAGUAGUUCUGCUCCUACGUACUUUUACCGAUUUUGCUAUGAUGAUGCUCCUUCCAUUACAAAAAUAUUAGCUAAUAGUUCGAUGCCAGGUGCAUCUCAUUUCGACGAAGUCCAAUAUUUAUUUAGUAUGAAAUUGUACGACACGUUAAACCUCAAACGUUAUGAAAAAGGCUCGAAAUCCUAUAGAAUAAUGGAACAAAUGACAGAGUUAUGGACAAAUUUUGCCAAAUAUGGGAGGCCGACUAUAACAACAACUGAUUUGAUUCCUACAUAUUGGCUACCAAUAAACAAUGACAAAAUUUUCCGCGCUUUGAACAUCAAUGAAUACUUAAUGAUGGAAAAUAUAUUAAGCUUCGAAGAACGCUUACAAUAUGGUAGGCACAUAAGAAAUAAACUUUGAACUGAAUGAUAUUGUACUUACUUAAUGGAACAUUUUUAAUUGUGUUAGGUAAUAUUAGGCAAGGUAUAAACUGUUUAUUGAUUUUUAUAAAGACUAGCUAUAUAUAUAUAUUAAUUGUUCCAACUCUAUUUUUUAA